UGUCUUUAAUUUUGUUCAUACGAAAUGAAAGCUUAUAAAUAAUUAUUCCGGUAGUUAGAGACAAUUAAAAGAUGGCGGCGCCCAUUUAUUGACAAGAUAGUCGGACUCAGAUACAAAACUAAUUUCUUUGCAUCGAUUGUUAUUGCAAACAACGUUACGCGGAGGACACUGCAGAGAAUGGCAUUAUUUUCAAGACUUCCCACAAUAAGCUGUGCCUUGGCAAAAAAUUUGCCCAGUAAACAUGUUUUCUGCUCACAGAACUUUAAACAGAUUCAUAGUCUUCCAAAGCAGGGAAUAUGUGUACAGUUUAAGAAGGCAACAAACUUCUCAAGUUACGUAGUUAAAAUGAACCUUAGGUUGCAAUAUUUUGGACACUCUUCACAUGGAUCAAACACUAUAUGUGCCAAACUAUUGAAAAAACAUGGAACAAACUUGGUUCACAAAAGAUUGAAAUCUCAACAUGAAAGAUGGAACAUGAGUAAAGCAGAUGCUAUGCUGUAUGCCGUGUCCUUGACCAUAGUUGCCUGCGGAGGGGCAUAUGUUGGAGUUCCAUUCUUCAAACUGUUCUGUAGGCAAUUUGGCCUAGGUGGUAACCCGGAGUAUGCACGGGGCCACAACACAGGGAAGAUUGAGCAGAUGGCCAGAGUUGAAGACCGUAUCCUUACAGUGUACUUUACAGCUGAUAAGCACGCGUCCAUGAAAUGGAACUUCAGGCCACAGCAGCAGUCUAUUAAGGUGGUUCCUGGUGAGACGGCCUUGGCCUUCUACACAGCUGAGAACCCAACUGAGGAGCAAGUCAUUGGGAUCUCAACAUAUACCAUAAUGCCCUACACGGCGGCACCAUAUUUCAACAAAAUACAGUGCUUUUGCUUUGAAGAACAGAUCUUAAAUCCCCAUGAAAAGGUGGACAUGCCGGUGUUCUUCUACAUUGACCCAGAUUUCGACGAAGAUCCGGAACUUGAGUUCGAGGACAGUAUUGUGCUCAGCUACACGUUUUUCCAGGCCAAGGAGGGCAUGAGUCUGUCACUACCUGGAUUCCUGAGUGGCGGGAAAAAGGAGGCGGCAAAACCACAGCCAGCAGCUUAAGUUGGGGUUAUAAAGAUGUGUCAAAUUGAGACUGAGAGGUGUGAAAUAGGCAUUGGGAAACACACAGCCAGCUAGAUUGAUUGGGGGAAAAACACAGCCAGUGUGAAAGUCUUACCUUUACAGAAGUAGUAUUGCUGAAAUGUUAUCUUCACACUUGGUUGAUAACUUAUGAAACCAAACAUUGUUUCACUAUAUUGUGAUUUUUGCAACGAAGUUUCUAUACAAAUGUGCAGCUUGUGACCUAUUUAUGAUAUUAAAUGGUUAACUGUAGAUUGUAUAAGACCUAACAAACUCUAUUUUUACAGUUUUAUGUAAAUUGAGAUUUUUAUUAGUCAUACUUCUAAUGCAGUUUUUAUGAAGAUCAACCUGUAUUUGACAGAAAGCAAAAACAGUGCAUGCAAUUGAAAUGAUUUUUCCCACUUAUCACUGACCAUUCACUGAUAAAAAAUUCACCCCACCAUUAUUAGAUCUUACUAAAUUUAACUCCAUUAUUUGACUAAUUAAGCCCAGCCUUGUCAAAUGUACAGUUCCUCUAUUCUGCUGAUGUAGCAGAAAAGGGUUACAGAUAAACUCUAAAUAACCCUUCAGUGUGAUAUCCAUAUCUAAAUGAAUCUAAUGUAUCACAUUACACUCACAAUUUCCAGGAGUUGCCUUACCAUAAUGAUGGUUGAGAGAUAUUAUAAAUCUGUGAUAGAUGUACAUUACUGAUGAAAGCAGUAUGCGUUAUAUCAAAAGAAUAAUAUUAAAACUGAUCAGAUGUAGAGACUUGUUUCCAUGGCUAAUGAAGCUCUGUGAUUGUUUAAGAUUGGAAAAAGAAAACUAAAUUAUUUCAAAUCCACCAAUGCAAACAGUAGCAGGGUGUAAAUGACUAGAGUGUGCAACCUGUGAUCAAAAUAGAAAAGCAGCAAAAUUGGGAUAGUUUGAUCCCCAAAGAGAGAACAUUGUAUUAUUUUUCUCAUAUGACACUCAGAAAUGUAUCUUCCCUGACAUGAGUUUCAGUAAGCAUAUGCUACAAUCAAGGUAAAAUAAGAAGGUUUAAUUUGAAACAUUGAUUUCCCAGAGAUUAUCAUAUGUAGUACACAUCUGCUGUUAACAAUUUUCUGUGAUAUAUGAUGCCUUCUGCAGAAAUGGAUUUGAAAAAAGGAUUUAAAGUUAAUGUUUUAAUCACUUUGUUGAUUUGUACAUUAAGUACAUACUGUGAUAUGUAUCUGUAGCUCUUUUGUAACUUGAAAUAGAAUAUUAAAGGCAUAGACUUGUUGUAAACGCAGAUUUGUAAAUACUGCACUGGAAUGGUAUUUUAUUCACUUGUAUGAUCGUUACUUAAAAUUUACUAGUCCUUUGAAUAAGUGAAUAAUUUGGACAAAUAAAAUCAAACCUGCUUGAGAGUGA